GCGUAAGACGUAUGAAAGUGCGUAGGGACGUUCCUGUCCGUCAGUUUUCCCUCGUUGACGAAGCUAUCGCGGCUAUGCCGAUGUUUAGCUAAAGAAGCUUUUAUUGUUCAGUAUUCUGCUUUAUCUUCGUGGGAGGAAGGUCUAUAAAUAACCGAACAUCCACAGCAACGUUGUUACAGAAGACCUAUGCGGUCCUGCUAGCAGGGCAAGAUGUUCAACAAGUCAUUCGGUACUCCCUUCGGUGGAGGGACGGGGGGGUUCGGCACCUCGUCGACCUUUGGACAACAAAACGCAGGUUUUGGGGCGACGGGAGGCUUCGGGACGUCAGCGUUCGGGGCCACGGCCAACACCGGGGGACUGUUUGGUCCCACGCAGAAUAAACCUGGCGGUCUGUUUGGGUCCAGUACGUUCAGCCAGCCGGCGGCUUCCGCCCCCAACACCGGCUUUGGUUUCGGUGCGGCGACCGGCACCUCUACCAGCUUGUUUGGCAACACCGGAACGGGCGCCAGCGGCGGACUCUUCUCCCAGCCGAGCAAUGCUUUCGGGGCCAACAAACCCACCUCGUUUGGAAAAGUCUCCCUCCCAUCGUGUCCUCCAGGCUUUGGGACCAGCACCAGCAGUGGCGGGCUGUUUGGGUCGACCAACACCACCUCCAACCCGUUCGGUGGAGGUAGUGUCGCCUCCCUGUUCGGAGGCUCGGGGUUCACCGCUGCCCAGCAACAGCAGCAGCAGCAGCAGCAGCAGCAGCAGCAGCAGCAGCCGGGGACCACCGUCAAGUUCAACCCUCCAACAGGAAGUGACACCAUGGUGAAGGCUGGUGUGACCACCAGCAUCAACACAAAGCACCAGUGCAUCACGGCCAUGAAGGAGUACGAGAACAAGUCCCUGGAGGAGUUGAGGCUGGAGGACUACCAGGCGGGCAGGAAGGGCCCGACCAACCCGAUGGCGGCGCCGACCGGCGGGCUGUUUGGCGCCGCCACGGCGACGCCCAGCGCCGCCACCGGGUUGUUCGGCGCCACGGCCCCCAACACCAACUUCUCCUUCGGGCAGAACAAGACCACCUUCGGAGCUGCACCGGCAGCGGCCGGAGGUUUCGGCGCGGCAGCCGGUGGUCUGUUCGGUCAGGCGGCCCCCCCACAGGCCAGCAGCCUCUUCAAGCCCUUCGGUCAGACCACCACCACACCGAGCACCGGGUUCUCCUUCGGAAACACCAACACCAUGGGACAGGCCAACACCAGCAGCAUGGGUUUGUUCGGGAAUGCCGCAGCGCCUCAGGCGGGCGGCUUGUUUGGCGCCGCUCAGCCCGCCGCCGCCGGCGGCUUCGGGGCGGGAACCGGACUGUUUGGUCAACCGAAUGCUGGAUUUGGGAACGUGGGCACGCAGCAGAGUUUGUUCGGUAACAAGGCGGCCGGGUUCGGCACCACCACCACCAGCGCCGCCCCGUCCUUCGGCACCGGCACCGGGCUGUUUGGCAACAAGCCCGCCCUCACACUGGGGACCGGAACCAACACCUCCACCUUCGGUUUUGGUACGAACCCCGCGGCCGGGAGUCUGUUUGGGAACAAGGCGGCUACCGGAGGUCUGGGGACGGCACUGGGAACCAGCUUCGGAGCAGCAGUGGGAACAGGGCAGGCGUCUCUGUUUGGGAACAACCAGGGCAAACUGGGAGCCACGCUGGGACAGAUGGGAACCUUCGGAGCGUCCGCGUUCAACAGCGGAGCAAAUACUCUGGGCUUUGGAGCUCCACAGCAACCUGUCGCGCUCACGGAUCCGAGCGGGACGGCCUCCCAGCAGGCCAUGCUCCAGCAGCAGCUCAGCGUGUUGGCGUACUCGCCGUACGGAGACUCGCCGCUGUUCAGAAACCCGCUGUCGGACCCAAAGAAGAAGGAGGAGCGUCUGAAACCAACUAAUCCGACGGCCCAGAAGGCUCUGACCACGCCCACCCACUACAAGCUGACCCCUCGCCCGGCGACCAGGGUCCGCCCCAAAGCGCUGACGUCAUCGGGGGCGUCCAAGUCGCAGCUGUUCGACGGCCUGGACGACGACGAGCCGUCGCUCACCAACGGAGCCUUCGUACCCAGGUACCUGCCGCAUCAGCGUUAUUCAUCUCUAGUCUUUUUAUUUAUUUUACAUUUUUAACGAAACAGAAACACA